AUAUACAUAAAAGCCCACCUUCUGCUAUCAUAUAUUUCCAGAAUGAAUGUGGGCCAUUGAUCACCAGCGCAUUUGUAAGUGAUCCACCUUACUCUUUUUAAGGCCAUCCACAUUUCUCUCAACGUAAACCACCCCACAACAGCAGUUGCAGCAAUGCCAACCGUUUUAAUGAGGAUUUUCCAUCUUUACAACUUGCUAAAUUCCAUCCUCCUCUACUUCUUCCCUAAGAGAAUUGCAUCCCUUAUUCCAUUCUCUUGGAUCACGAAGACCCACCAAGGAAAUCUCCAUCAGAUGAAGGAAACUCAAUCAUCACCGUCCAUCUCGAUCGCUCCACGAAUGGAUCCUGCCGAACUUCGGCGGGUCUUCCAGAUGUUUGACCGGAACGGGGACGGUCGGAUCACGCAACAUGAGUUAAAUGACUCUCUCGAGAACCUGGGGAUCUACAUACCCGACAAGGACCUGAUGGCGAUGAUUGAAAAGAUCGACGAGAACGGGGACGGGUGCGUGGAUAUAACGGAGUUCGGAGCGUUGUAUCGUACGAUCAUGAACGAGAAGGAUGAGGACGAAGACAUGAGGGAGGCAUUCAACGUGUUUGAUCAGAACGGGGAUGGGUUCAUCAACGUCGAGGAACUGCGGUCGGUGCUAGGAUCGCUGGGCAUCAAGCAAGGACAGACGGUGGAGGAUUGCAAGAAGAUGAUAAUGAAUGUGGAUGGUGAUGGUGAUGGGAUGGUGAAUUUCAAGGAGUUUAAGAAGAUGAUGAGAGGGGGUGGAUUUGCAACCUUGAGUGGUAAAUAGUAGUUGAAGGAUUUGUAGGGUUGUAAAUAGAUUUUGGUGGGGGUGGACCAUUUGCAAUUGGGACCUUUGAUCUCAUCAAGAUAUUCAAUAUCUGUGGGAUUUCAUCAAUGUUUUCAUUGUUUUUUUUUUCUUCCCCUUAUAUAUUGAUUUGUGGUGAUUUUUGGGUA